CGUUGAGGUAGGACGGUACCUCGUAUUCGGAUCUACUGAAAUUUAACGGUUGACAUUUAAUACACGCCGUGUAACUGUCAAAGUUUUCACGUGGUCUGGUGCUUACGACGUUAUUACACGUCGAUGUGCGUGCUUCGUUUUUAGCUUCACUCGCUUGAUUUACAUUAAAAGAUUAUCACGGAGAAAAUCAUUACAUGUCAAGAUCAAUGUGUGAUUCGAGAUUCUUUUUAUUUCGCAGGUAUCGACAGUAUAUCUUCCAGUAAACAACGACGGUGCUGGCGGAGAUAUUGUUCAUAGAAGCGACGAGCAUCUUCGGAAACCAAUUAAACCAACUGCUUCUCCGCGAGAGCGUAUUUCUGUCUUGCGAAUAUCGGAGAAUUGGAAUCUCGUGAUCUUCGUGUCUGAUUUACGAAUUCAGCGAGAAUCAAAGCGAUUUCGAAGCGUAAUUCUCUGAUUGUGAAAUACUCGAAUUUGACAAGAGAAAAUAAGAUGAUGCUGAUGCAGGAGCCCGGUUGGAAGCUGGAGCGCAAAGGUUCGGGGGCGCAAGUGUUGCGCAAGGAUGGAUCUCACUUCAAGAGCAACACCGCACGCAUAUGCUUCCGAUGUGACGUGGAAAUCCGGGAAUUUGUGCCAGAUGAAGAUUAUGGAAUGACAGAGAACAUGGAAAUAGAAACGGCCUCAAGUCCCUUGGCAAUGCUGUCCAGUUGCGUGGCAGCUCUUUGCGUCACUAUCCUCUUGCCUUGGCUCCUGAUUGGGGGCUAGAUCAUGCCGUUUUUAUCAUCGAAAAUUUUAUCACGGCGAGAUGUCAUCAAUUGAAAAAUUCACAUCUGCAAUAUCAUCCCUUUGACUGAUCUACGAAUGUACUUUGGUAUUGGUAUUCACCUAUUCUUACGUCGGUGGUCCCAAUAGUCGUUCAAGGUAUACGGUUAACGAUGGUUAUAACGUGAAUUCUUGGGUCGAAUUCUCAAGGAAUGUUAAGAUGUUAUUGUAUGUUAUAGUAUUUAUAAUUAUGAAUACUGUAAUAUUUUGGGGCAUUUUUUCGAUUAGAGUAAAGUUAUUCACGCUCAAGUGUCGAGCAUUGCAUUCGAGGAAAGACAUCUAAAAUUGCAUGAGGCUGCGUCGCGUGACUGAUUGUUCGACCGAUAAAUCGAAACAGAGAGAUAGAUAGAUUAUCGUUGUAAUUACGUGUGUAAUUUUUACAUUUGAUCGAUACGAUAAU